AUGGCCUCCACGACGACGGAGAUCACAAAGUCCAACAUUGGCGUCUUCACAAACCCGAAACACGAUCUAUGGGUGGCCGAGGCGUCGCCCUCGUUGGAAGAGGUGCAACAAGGCAAAGAUCUGAAAGAAGGGGAAGUCUACAUUGGAGUCAAAUCGACCGGCAUCUGCGGCUCGGACGUCCACUUCUGGCACGCAGGAUGUAUAGGACCGAUGAUAGUGACGGGAGAUCACAUCCUAGGCCAUGAGUCCGCCGGUGUCGUUCUAGCCGCCCACCCGUCCGUGACAACGUUAAAGCCCGGCGACCGCGUGGCCAUCGAGCCCAAUAUUCCCUGUUUCAAAUGCGAACCCUGCUUGACGGGCCGUUACAACGGGUGCGAGAGCGUCGAGUUCCUCAGCACACCUCCAGUUGACGGCCUCUUGAGACGGUACGUGAAACAUCCCGCCAUGUGGUGCCACAAGAUUGGGGACAUGAGCUUCGAAGAUGGAAGUCUGCUGGAACCGCUGUCGGUUGCGUUGGCCGGUGUGGAGCGCGCAGGCGUUCGCCUUGGUGAUCCCGUGCUGAUAUGCGGUGCUGGCCCUAUUGGGCUGGUGACGCUGUUGUGCUGUCAAGCCGCCGGAGCCUGUCCGUUGCUGAUCACCGACAUUGACGCGGGCCGGCUGAAGUUUGCGCAGUCGUUGGUCCCGCGGGUCAAGACCUUUCAGGUGCCCAUGGGCAAGUCUGCGGAAGAAUGUGCCGACGGCAUCAUCCAGGCCAUGGGAGGGAUUCGUCCCCGCGUGGCCAUGGAGUGCACAGGGGUCGAGUCCAGCGUGGCCAGUGCAAUCUGGAGCGUCAAGUUCGGCGGCAAAGUGUUUGUGAUCGGGGUGGGCAAGAACGAGAUGAAGAUUCCCUUCAUGCGCCUCAGCACCAUGGAAAUCGAUCUGCAGUAUCAAUACCGCUACUGCAACACCUGGCCCAGAGCUAUUCGGCUGGUCCAGAGUGGCGUCAUCAAUAUGGACAGACUGGUCACGCAUCGCUUCAACCUUAGCCAGGCCGCCGAGGCCUUCAAGGCGGCCAGCGAUCCCAAGAGCGGAGCGAUCAAGGUGCAGAUUAAGAAUGAUGAUAGUCUUUAG